GGGACCAUGACGCGCCUUGCCGCCUGCCGCUUCUGGACGGGUCGUCUGCAACACCACCACCACCACCUUCCUCGUUGUCGCUAGCCACGUACAAACAGCUUCCCCAACCGUCGACGUCUUGGUACUACCCCUCAGCACACGAUAAGACACAGCAACGGAGCCAUCGCGCCCCCUCAAGGAACUCCCUCCGACUCCCGCUCCCGCGUGCAACUGCUCUUCCGACGACCUUGCUGCACUCUUGCCACCGACCGACUACCAUGCGCUCCGCUCUCCUUUCUGUCCUGAUUGCCCUCUUUGCUGCCCUCGCCAUGGCUGCUGCCCCUCAUCGAUCUGUCAUUGUUACCUGGCCUAACGACACGCCGGAUGAGAUUGUCGAGCAGAGCAAGGAGGCUAUCCGGAAGGCCAAGGGUGUUAUUACGCACGAGUACAACAUCAUCAAGGGCUUCGCUGCCUCGGCCCCAGCCUCUGCGCUCGAGGUGGUUACGGCGCUGAGCGACGUGUACAAGUGCGAGAUUGAGGAGGACGGCAUUGUUACUACGCAGAACAACAAGGCGUAGGCUAGUGACGCAGCAAGACGCAGGUACACGACGGGAGGCACUGUGUAUGGCCACGGGACAUGUGGCGGCGACGUUGCUUUUGGACGAGUGUGGUUUCUUUUUGGGUUUGGGGCCGGCGUUUAGCGAAAAGGCAUUGGUUGUUGGUGGGCUGGAAAUAGUCUGUGGUUUUGCGUCAGGAGACGACAUGAUUUGAAUUGAACGGCAGCUCUUGAAACAAGCGGGCAUGGGCGGCGACGGCGGCGACGAUGCACGUGAAUGUGACGGCGCCAGCAGGGCCAACAGGGCCAGCAGGGCCCGCAGCAGGCAUGGCUGGCAGUGCAGAGGUAGCGCAGCGACUAUGCGGCGUGGCAGUGUAGAAUUGGCAGCAUGGUGUAGGUGUAGAACAGGCGUGGGCGAGUGAGGCUUGCACUUGCAGCGGCCCCUUCCCCGCCAUGACGGCUCGCCCCAAAGGCCAAC